AUGACUCACUUGACUUCAGUGUCGGACUUUCUUUAUUCGAUUUGUUCUCUUGUAGCCUCGUCCCAAAUCACCAGACAGACACGCCUAGGACAACCAUUACGAAAGCUAAACAUGUCAGCAUCGGCGCUGGCACUGAACUUCCAGGACCUAGAGGGACGUCAGUGCAUAGCAAGCACACAGAAGAGCGCCAGGUGCUUGGGCAAAUCUCCGGAAGGAUCUCUCAAAAGUGUUGAAAGGCAAUUGAGUAAGAUUCCUCUGACGGAACCAGAAAGCGUUGUAUCAGAAUCUACCGUCCGCCUUCUUAUCUGCAAUGCACAUACCGAGGAUGCCUUAAAUGCUCAGCUGGAGUCCUUGACAUCACACUAUGGCCCAAUACUACUGCAACAUGCUAAGGACCAUCCAUUUGCCCAGGUCGUAUCAUUUCGUCCUUGUAAAAGAAAUGCUAAGACCACAUUCGCAAAGAAACUGGAGAGUUCCAUCAAAGAGAACCAAUUUCCCACUGGCGUUCUGUAUGUGUUUACGUGGGAUGGUGUACCUGAUAUGUGCAAGAUUGGCUGUGCGAAAAGCGCUUCCGAUAAGAGGAUCAAACAAUGGAAAAGGUGCUAUCCUGGGCUGAAGAAGUGUCUCGAGGUUUCCUUCGUAUUUCCACAGAGAAUGGAGGAACUCAUUCAUCUGCAGCUGGCUGAAAACAGGUACGAACUGAACUGUGACGUGCAAUCAUGCAAGUCUAAAGUCCACGACGAAUGGUUCAAAUGCUUGCCUGACGAGGUGCGUCUUGCCAUCAAUAGAUGGAGGGACGUCAUCGAACACAGCUCACUCUACGACUCGGACAAAAGGCAGCUUACUCACAACUGGGAUGCGGCGCUGCAAUCUCUCUUGAAUAGCAACAGCAUGCAGCAAACUGCAGCCGAGCUGCUAGAAAGCAUGGAAGGAUCGGCUGCUKCUUUAGAGCACGGUAUGCUAGGAAUGUCUCUUGACUCGGCUGCCUAG